GCUCAGGUGGCCUUCCUCCAGGGAGAAAGGAAGGGUCAAGAGAAUCUCAAGACCGACCUGGUGCGCCGGAUCAAGAUGUUAGAAUACGCACUGAAGCAGGAGAGGGCCAAAUAUCAUAAAUUGAAAUUCGGGACAGAUCUGAACCCAGGGGAGAAGAAACCAGAACUGUCAGAACAAGUCUCCAAUGGCCCUGUAGAGUCAGUCACCCUGGAGAACAGCCCGCUGGUGUGGAAGGAGGGGCGGCAGCUUCUCCGGCAGUACCUGGAAGAGGUAGGCUACACGGACACCAUCCUGGACAUGCGGUCCAAGCGUGUGCGGUCCCUACUGGGCCGAUCACUGGAACUCAACGGGGCUGUGGAGCCCAGUGAAGGGGGCCCCAGGGCCACGCCGGGCCCCGGGGGACUCAGUGGUGGCGAGUCGCUGCUCGUGAAACAGAUCGAGGAGCAGAUCAAGAGGAAUGCGGCAGGCAAAGACGGCAAAGAGCGCUUGGGCGGCUCGGUGCUGGAGCAGAUCCCCUUCCUGCAGAACUGCGAGGAUGAGGACAGUGACGAGGAUGACGAGUUGGAUGGCGUGCAGCACAAGAAGCAGCGUGUGAAGCUGCCCUCCAAGGCCCUGGUGCCUGAAAUGGAGGACGAAGACGAGGAGGACGACUCAGAGGAUGCCAUCAACGAAUUUGAUUUUCUGGGCUCAGGAGAAGAUGGGGAGGGCUCUCCAGACCCUCGGCGGUGCGCUGGGGAGGGGACCCACCAUGAACUGGAAAGCCGGCGGGUCAAACUCCAGGGAAUUUUGGCCGACCUUCGGGAUGUGGAUGGGCUGCCACCCAAAGUGACUGGCCCGCCUCCUGGCACACCACAGCCCCGGCCACACGAAGGUUCCUUUGGCUUCUCCUCAGACGUUUUCAUCAUGGACACUAUCGGGGGCGGGGAGGUGAGCCUGGGGGACUUGGCAGAUCUCACCGUCACCAACGACAACGACCUCAGCUGUGAUCUGUCUGACAGCAAAGAUGCCUUUAAGAAGACCUGGAACCCCAAAUUCACCCUCCGCUCACACUACGACGGCAUCCGCUCCCUGGCUUUCCACCACAGCCAGUCGGCGUUGCUCACCGCUUCUGAGGACGGCACGCUCAAGCUCUGGAACCUGCAGAAGGCGGUCACGGCCAAGAAGAAUGCCGCGUUGGACGUGGAACCUAUCCAUGCCUUCCGGGCUCACAGGGGCCCCGUGUUGGCAGUAGCCGUGGGCAGCAACAGUGAGUACUGUUACAGUGGUGGGGCAGAUGCCCGCAUCCACAGCUGGAAGAUUCCAGACCUCAACAUGGACCCCUACGAUGGUUACGACCCGAGCGUGUUGAGCCACGUCCUGGAGGGCCACGGGGAUGCUGUGUGGGGCCUGGCCUUCAGUCCCACCUCCCAGCGCCUGGCCUCCUGCUCUGCCGAUGGCACAGUCCGCAUCUGGGACCCCAGCAGCGGCAGCCCAACCUGCCUCUGUACCUUCUCCACAGCCAGUGAUCACGGGAUCCCAACCUCAGUGGCCUUUACCAGCACCGAGCCUGCCCACAUCGUGGCAUCCUUCCGCUCUGGCGACACUGUCCUGUAUGACGUGGAAGCUGGCAGUGCCCUCCUCACGCUGGACUCCCGGGGGAACAGUGGCCCAACCCAGAUCAACCAGGUGGUGAGUCACCCGAACCAGCCCCUCACCAUCACCGCCCAUGAUGACAGAGGCAUCCGCUUCCUGGACAACCGGACAGGGAAAUCUGUGCACUCCAUGGUUGCCCACCUGGAUGCAGUCACCUGCCUAGCUGUGGACCCCAAUGGCGUGUUCCUGAUGUCAGGAAGCCAUGACUGCUCCCUGCGUCUCUGGAGCCUGGACAACAAAACAUGCGUUCAGGAGAUCACGGCCCACCGCAAGAAGCACGAGGAGGCCAUCCACGCUGUUGCCUGCCACCCCAGCAAGGCCCUCAUUGCCAGCGCGGGUGCCGAUGCCCUGGCCAAGGUCUUCGUAUGAUGCCCACCUGGCCCCGCCCAGGCCGCCACGCUGGCUGGGAAGUGGGGCCAGGCAGGUGGGACUGAGGUGACUCCCAGCCUCAGUCUGGAGGCCUGGAGGCCCGGCCUCUUCCUGCCUGCCUUGGAGCCUGGUGGUGCUAAUGGCCCUUUCCGCAGGAGGCCCUCCCCAUGGCCUGCCCUUCCCCGAGCACCCAGCCGGGGAGCGGCCUCCUUCAGGAAUCGUCCUCCAGGAUGGCCUCUGGGAAUUUUCUCUUCACCCUGACACUCACUCCAGGUCUCUGAGCUACCUUCUCGGGGGCCGCACAACCAGGGCUGAGUGUCCUUGGGGAUCAGCUUUUCCAAGACGCCAGAAGGUGCCAGGUUCUCUCUUUGAACCCCUGACCCCUCCUCUCCACCUCCAGGGACCUGGGUGGGAGCCGUGCUGGGAGGGGCCCUGGAGCCAGUGGGAGCCGGGUCAUCCUC